AGUACGAGAACGUCGGUCAUAUCACAAAGUGUACUAGAACGUCAACAAGAUGACAGGUGGGGGUAGGAGAGCACAACGGUUGGUGAACUUUUGCAACAAGGUGGAAAUCUAUGACACGCUUCACACCCACACGUCAGAGAAUGGCGUGUGCUCGGAUAAAAUAUGCCAUGGAUCCCUUAUGAAUAUUCGAAGAAUGAAAGCAGUACCGAGAUCUUCCUCCGAGGUUUUGCGGCAGGCAAAGGAAUUUCUUAAGGAAUAUUAUGUUUCUCUAAAAAAGUCUGGAAGUGCAGAGGAGGAAGCACGGUGGCAAGAAGUCGUGACAUCAGUGGAAGGUAGAGGCACGUACCGGCUCACGCGUUCGGAACUGCAGUACGGCGCCAAGUUAGCAUGGAGGAACGCCCCUCGCUGUAUCGGACGCAUGCAAUGGACGAGGCUUGAGCUAUUCGAUGCCCGUGAUGUCACUACUCCCCAGGAAAUGUUUGAGAUUCUAUGCAAGCACAUAGAGUACAGCACUAAUGGAGGAAACGUGAGGUCAGCUAUCACCGUGUUUCCUGAACGAGUGCCAGGACGACGAGACUUCCGAGUGUGGAACCAGCAGUUAAUUGCUUACGCCGGUUAUCUCAACAAUGACGGCUCCGUCACCGGCGACCCUGCAUAUGUUGAAUUCACUCAGUUGUGUGAGGGCCUCGGGUGGAAGGGAAAGGGGAGUCGCUUCGACGUCCUGCCACUUGUAAUGUCAGCACCAACAGGAGAGCCCGAAUGGUUUGACAUCCCCGACGAUAUUGUGCUAAGGAUUCCACUGAAACAUCCCAAGUAUGACUGGUUCUCUGAGAUGGGCCUGGAAUGGUUCGCCUUACCUGCAGUAUCAUCUAUGAUGCUUGAUGUGGGCGGUGUGCAGUACACUGGGGCGCCUUUCAACGGCUGGUACAUGUCUACGGAAGUGGCAAGCAGGAAUCUGUGUGACGCACAACGUUAUAAUCUUUUGCAGACAUUCGGAGAAAAGAUGGGCCUUGAUACAAGCACCAACGUAAGCUUAUGGAAGGAUGAUGUCAAUGUGGAGGUGAACAAAGCUGUCCUUCACUCGUUUGAGGAGGCUGGCGUGACACUGGUCGAUCACCAUACAGCUUCAGAGUCGUUCAUUCAAUUUAUGUCCAACGAACAGCGCGACAGAGGUGGAUGCCCUGCAGACUGGGUGUGGAUAGUGCCGCCAAUAUCUGGAUCUAUCACCCCUGUAUUCCAUCAGGAGAUGUCCCUGUACUACCUCAAGCCUGCCUACGAGUAUCAGGAGCCUGCAUGGGAAGAUUUCGCCCGCUACAACCGAGGCACUGCCAUUCUGUCCCCGUCACAACUCUUCCGGAAGGUGGCAUUGACUGUCUUGUUUGCCAGUAGCCUGUACCGUAAGGCUCUUGCAAGGCGACUACGAGUAACAAUCCUUUACGCUACGGAGACUGGUCGCUCUCAGCUCUACGCCCACAACCUUUCACAAGCACUUAAGCGAUACUUUAAUCCAGAGGUGAUGAAUAUGAAAGACUUUCCUGUGAAUGAAACGUCUUUUGAAGGCCACACGGUGAUGCUCCUGCUGGCGUCUACCACCGGGGACGGCGAUCCUCCCCUCGACGGCGAGAACUUUAUCAGAAACUUGUAUGAGCAAAAGCAUGCAGAGUUCAACAAGAACAUCAUCAACUCCAGUGAUAAUGCUACGCAGCCAAACUUCACCAAGGACAACAUGUCAGACUUCAAUGAGGCCUAUGAACAAUACAAAAUCAGCAGUACAAAGUCAGCCAGAGUCCCAUACGAGAAAACUGAAAAAAAUGAAAGAAACGAAUGCAAAGAAGGAAAAAAAAAGAGUCGUGGAGGACUGAUGAGGAUGCUACAGGCAGUGGUGUGGGGCCAAAAGACUGCUGACUCAACCCUUUCGGGGAGUAGAACUGCCUCAGACUCGUCAGUUCAGCCUGCUGGAGGGCUUCGGUUUGCCAUCUUUGCCCUGGGCUCCACCAAGUAUAAAUACUACUGCCUCUUUGGAAAAUAUCUGUUCAGUUUAUUGGAAGAAUGUGGAGCGCACUCUCUUGCACCACUCACUUGUGGAGAUGAACUAAACCACCAGGAACAAACCUUUAACGCCUGGGUUGACAAUAUUGUUAAGGUACUCGGGGAGGAAAUGCAGGUGGAGGUUGCCCAACAAAGCAGCAUGAUUAAUGUGGAGGAGCUGACGGCUAAUCGAGUGAGGCUGACAUCUUCCCCCUUUACCAAAAGCUCUCUAGAGAAGAGUCUUUCACAAGUUCACAGGAAAAGCGUGUUCAGCUGUCCUGUACUGGAAUCUACGAUGCUCUUCGAUCACGGAGACAGAUGGACACAGCUGCUUGUUCUUAAGGUUGGGGAAGAGGCCGAGGCCGAAGAAUCAUUGUAUUCACCUGGUGAUCAUGUGGGCGUCUUCCCACACAAUUCCCCUACACUAGUGUCUUCGCUUCUCAACAGGUUAUCAUCUCCAUACUUGGGAGAGCCUGUAAAGUUGGAAGUGAGACUAGGGAAAGACAUGCACUGGGAGACAGAUCCUCGCCUGCCACCAGCCACGCUGCGUGAACUUUUAACGCAUUAUCUAGACUUGACUACACCUCCAUCUCCUGCUUUUCUACUGAUGCUGGCUGCUCAUACCACUCACACGCCUCAUGUGCGUCGCCUCACAAAUCUUGCUAAGGACUAUAAGAAAUACCAGGAGUGGAGGGCUUGGAAGUGGCCCAACGUGCUGGAGGUACUGGAGGAGUUUUCAAGCGUAAGGGUGGACGCAGGGGUAUUAGUGGCUGCUUUGCCUCUCCUGCAGCCACGUUACUAUUCCAUCAGCUCAUGUCCAGCCUUCCACCGAGGCGAACUACACCUCACACUUUCUGGAGUUCAGUACUGCACCCAGGACGGCACCGGGCCAGUUCACCGUGGCGUGACAACGGGGUACCUGAAGGAAGUGACACCUGGAAAUCAAGUACACUUAUUCUUUAAAAGUGCACCCACUUUCCACCUCCCAGAAGACUUGUCCCUUCCCAUCAUUAUGGUUGGGGCAGGCAGCGGCGUGGCUCCACUUAGAGGAUUCUGGCAACACUAUCACUACUUGAGGAGGACAAAAGGUGUGACGACGGGAUCCCUCACCUUGUACUACGGAUGCCGCACUGAGGAGGAGGAUUUGUUUAACCAGGAAAAAUGGAACAUGGUGAGGCAAGGUGGCCUGACUCGCCAUCGUGUGGCUCUUUCAAGGACACCUCACUUGCCCAAGAUGUACGCUCAGGAUCUCCUGCGUGUGUACAGUAAGGAGGUAUACAAAGAGCUGGUAGAGGAAGGUGGACACCUCUAUGUCUGCGGUAGCCAAGCACUUUCAGAUGGCGUGUCAUCAGCCUUGCAAAACAUCUUAAUGGAGCAGGGACGCUUAACUACCCAACAGUCUGCUGUCCUGCUCGCCAGCCUGAAGGGUGAAGGUCGUUACCACGAGGACAUCUUCAGCACUCGACUUGCCUAACAACGGUACCCGACGGUCACAAUUGUGGCCAAGGUUGCCCAUAGUCGUGCAAUCCUUUUUCACUGUUAGUUAUCUAUGUACGUUACCUUUGCAUUGCUGUUAGAUCAUAUAAUGCUACAGAUAUUUCUUUCAUGGCGAUUCAGUUUACUGAUGGUGCACAGAUUUUUUUCUACACAUAAAUGCGAUUAUGUAUUAUGAUAUGAUGUAUUUCUUGUAAGGUGUUCUAAUUAUAUUGUGGUGCAUCCCCACUAUUGAGAACUCCAUUUCUACAUUAUGAUGUUAUUCUGUACUACAUAUUAUGUAAACAUACUAUAUAUUUAUAGCAAUUAUACGUAUUGCAACUAGAUCAGAUUGUUAGAUAUUUAGAUUCUGUCGUUUACGGAGUGACAGUUUUCAUAGCAAAACACAAACGUGAACAAGUAUAUGCUUCUUGAAUAGAAACUCAGUAUUUUUGUUUUUUACAUACAAUAAUUUUAAGACAUACACAAUAUACGAUCCAGUGGUAUAAUCAUAACACGCUCUGCUCACUAUCAAGAAGUCCUGGGUUGCAGUCACAAGCCGGGUGGAGGCAAAUUAUAUCGUGACCUUGCAUCUCCCAAAGAACGGAACUGAAACGUCGUGGUUUUGUUUUUUGUUACUACUAUUGAAGCAAGUUAUGAUGAUAGUGUAUUAUGAAAACUGGAAAACUGUGUAUAUGGCUUUAGUGACGCAUCUAAAAAGGGGCACCUCAUAGCAAAACCUCUUCUGUUAAAAGUCCGGUACAAUCACUAGAAAACUAACUUGCAACAUUCUAUAGGCGUUAUGGAGGAGGAUCAUGUGGUAAGUUUGUGAAGCAUGUUGAUUAUUUCUGUUGGGGAGGAACAAAGAAAUUUGAGAGAGCGGUCAUUGCUAAAAAAAAAAAAAAAAAAAAAAAGCAGCAAAAUAAUACCAUUUUCAGAUACAUUGGGCUGAAUAUUAUACAGAACGAACAUUGUAUCAAACUUUAACAAAAUAAGAAUGUAAGAAUGUUAAGUGUAAUGAAGAAAAGCUUUAUGAAUCUGUCAUAAUUAUGAUGUUCUAGAAAUGUUGUAAUGUAAGUAAUCCUGAAGUAGAUCUCACUGUAGCAAAUAAAUGUCAAAUGAAAU